AUAUAUCAGUUAAACACUCUGUCAAACUGCUCAGACUCACAGUGUUCUGAGCUCCAUGUUCUUCAGAGAAUAACUGGUUGUGAACUGGAGAAACUUCCUGAUGGAACAGUGAAGAGUCUGACUGUCUUUGAUGAAUAUGGAUUUGACGGAGAGGAUUUUAUUGCCUUUAAUUCUGACCCUCAGCAGUGGAUUGAUAAAAACCCCAAAGCUGAAGAAACUAAAAGGGAAUGGGAUCAGCAAACAGAACGAAACCAAUUCCUGCAGCAUUACCUCCAGACCUGCAUGCACUGGAUCUCCACAUUUAACAACACUAAAAAGACUCCACCAGAUGUUCAUGUGUUUGUGAAGAAAGCUCCUGAUCAAAGCAAGCUGGUUCUGAGCUGUCUGGCCACUGGUUUCUACCCCAGAGAUAUUGAGAUGAACAUCAGAUUGGAUGAAACUGUUCUUGAGAAACAAACAUCAUCUGGCAUCAGACCAAAUGCUGAUGGAUCCUUUCAGAUGAGAUCCAGUGUGAAGAUUGAUGCAAAUCACAAAGGAUCUUAUGACUGUCUGGUCAUUCACAGCAGUCUGACUCAGACACGACCGGUUUUAACAGUGUGGACUAUAAAUCACCAAACAUUUAAUGCAGAACCUUUAUGGUCUGUUAUAGCAGGAAUAGCAGCAGCCUUAGUUAUAUUUCUCCCUGUGAUUGGUUGCUGCAUCUACCAAUAG